GUGCGACUUGAUCUGGUUGUCUCCACGUUGAUCCUCCGCUGUAGUUUGUCGUCAUUUAGGCGGUAAUUAACAAAUAUUACGUCAAUGUGGCAAAAUUAAGAAAACAUCGACUGCAGGUCAUCCAGGAAAGGUCAAAGAUCGUUGUACUGGUCAGUGUUGUGGAGAUAAGGUAGUGUGAAGAAUUGUGAAUAAUGACAGAGGAUGUGGUAUGUACUAGCAGCAGCAGCACCUCAAUGGUUGAUGUGCGCAAAUCCAAAAAGAAAAGACGUCACUUGAAUGAUAUGACCAUAAGUGAUGUGAUAAUAGAGAAUUCAGACACUAAGGUAGAAAAUGGUGAUGAUAGCACUUUUAUGGUAAAGAAAAAACAAAAGAAACGUAAACAUAAAAGUCUGGAAAUGGAUGUAGAAGAAAAUGAAGGUGUUAGUGAAUAUCUUGUACCCAGUGAACCUCAUAAAAAAAAGAAAAAGAAAAAGGAUAAGAAAAUUGUGGAAGAGAGAGAAAAAGGUAACCAGCCAAAGUUAAAUGGUGGGAGUGAAGAUGUGGCUGAGAGCAUAGAUAGUGGAUGUAUUGCUGACAUGACUGAUUGGCCACAAGUUAAGGAUGCCCUUGUAGAAGAAAAUAGGUUUUUGUCAAACUAUAUAAGAUUGGUUCCUGUUAGACCUGUUAUUGCCCCUGAAGAGGAAGAUCAAGGAGAUGAGAAGCACCAACAAGAAAAGAAUUCAAGUAACGUUGCUCCUUUCAGACGAGAUGGAGGGUAUAUGGCAGGUCUACAGAAUCUUCAGGAAAAGUAUUUAAGCAAGCUGGCUCUUUUAAGACAAAGUAGAAAAAAAGGUAGGGAUCCUGUAAGAAAAAAGAAAGAGGCCAAAUUGAAUAAGAAGAUUGCUAGAUUAGACAAAAGAGUUAAAAAGAAGACCAAACCACAUCCAAUAAAUCAGGAACAUGAAAUCAAGACAGAGAAAGGCAUCGCUCAGGGUGGAAACAGAGCGACACCUACAAUUUACAACCAGAAGGGAGAAUUGGUUUUCAGUAAAUUUGAUUUCUCGAGCAGUUCCACCGCAGCGGAGGUUGACAGCAAUUUGAAGCCUAGGGAUUUGAAGCAGGUUCUAUCACAAGCAUUGAAAGAGAAAGAAAAGGUAAAACGGAUGGAGCAGAAGGGUUAUCUUGGCAGUGCUGCUGAAGUAUUAGACCAGAAAGCUUGGUCAGGAGCACUGCAGAAAGCAGAAGGCAUAAAAAUAAAGAAUGAUGUUGACUUACUUAAGAAGUCCCUCCACAAGAAAUCAGCACGCAAGAAAGCCAGUCAGAAGAGCUGGGAGGAACGCAAAGAAGCUAUUAAUAGGAAAAUUUUGGAGAAGCAAAAUAACCGGCAAAAGAAUGUCAAGAGUCGAAAAAAUGCAAAGCUUAGUAAAAAGAUGAAGAAAAUGAAAAAUAAAGGCCAUAUAGUCCCAGGUUUUUAAGAGAGAUCUUUACUGUGUUAUAAAUUGGACUGAGCUACUUUAGUGUAGCCUGUGAAUCUACAGGUUAAAACCCUAGGCCCCUGAGUCCUGUUAUGUGACUGAAAUCAAAAUAGCAUAAAAAUUAAAAACAAAUUAUUACUACAAAAGUAUCAUACAAAGAGAAAAUGCUCUUGAGUUGAUUUUGAGUAUAAACAGACACACUGGCCCAUUCAUUCGUCUGUUGAAGCUGGCUGUAAAAGCAUUCGGUCAUGAAGAAUCCCUCUGGUUUCAGUCUCACUUAAGCUAAAUUAUCCUAAACUUUUGGGCAGUGGCAUAGGCUAUGUACAACUGCCACACACUUGAAGUGCCGUUUUAUAUUGCAUUGAAAGUUUGUCUGCCAACUGUACAGAUUUGCCCACCUGUUUAAUGAGUUUGUUAUCGGGUCAGCACAACCCUGCACCGAGAUAAUAUAUUCAGGAUAGCAGUUUUAGUAAAUUCAUGCUCCGGAGAAGACCCGAGUACUGAAGCAGUUACCGGUACUUGGUUGUCACCCCAGGACUAUGAAGCCAUAGGAAGCUGAAGGUUUGUUUCUUUAUGUCUACCUUUAGAACUGAAUUUUAUCAGUCCAGUAGAUUAACCCCAUUAGAAAGUGCAAAUUUACAUUAGCACUUGGAUCCUAUUGGUACCUCCAGCCUCCUUUUCCAGCUGGCAUUAGUAUACUGUACAGGUAAGCUCAAUCCAAAAUGUUCAGGUAUAGAUAAAGGACUGCUCCUUUCAUUCUGUUUUAUAACCAGGUCGAAAUCAAGCAAUUUUACACCCCUGCCUCCAAUAUCUAUUUGGAGUGCUGUGAUGAGCUGGAUCUGGAGGUUUCUUCUGAUUAAACACUUAAAGGCUGGCAACAAAAAUGAAUAUAGAUCAGUGCCUUUGUUUAUAUGCCUCAGUAAAAAAAAAAAACAUACAUUUUUAAUGCACAG